UUUGGUUGACACUUUCAACACUGCACUGCAAGAUGACUUCCAAUCGUUCCCAGAGUCAAAGGGGAUUUCAUUGUCUGGGGGACGGCGGCAAAUCACUAGCAGCAGAAAACAGAUUUAGCACAAUCUUUAAACACCAGGCAACCGUUGUUAUGGUAGUCACGAAGUCACUACUGACGUCUACCGUCCUGGCCAUUUUGGUCCAAUCAGCCUACGCAUCGGCGUCACGUGGUACAAAACUAUGCCAGCUUCCUCCCAUGUGGGAAGUAGAUGGUUUAGACCCUGUCGCUGAUGCGCGCAUGCGUGGUGAUGUAACAGUUYUGACGCUGUUAGUGUCCUACUGAUCCUUCUGUCAGAGRCAAGCUCGUAAACUUGAAGCUAUUCGGCAUUACUUCUUGAAUUUGAAGAGCUUGCAUAAGAUGAAAGGCGGCGUAUCGUUCAUGGUUUUGAAUGGUCGUAAGGCCGUCCGUACUUUUGGUUGGUAUAAUGGUAAAWUAGGGUUCCCUGCGUAUCAAGAACCCAAGAAAAAAAGGUAUUGGGAGAUAUUGAAUGGUGCCAAAGACGAUAUCAUCAUUUAUGAUCGAUGUGGAAGGUUGUCUGCUCAUGUAAAGAUGCCCUGGAGUGACUUGAGUCGUUAUAACAUCGUGCAGAGGGAGUUGUUUAAUGCGUUGACUAAUAGCGUCUGUGGGAGCUGUGCAUCGCCAUCUCCAACGACGUCAAUGAAAACAACAACGACCAGGCCAACGACAAAGAAAAUGACAACAACCAAACCAACGACAAAGAAAGCGACAACAACCAAGCCAACGACAAAGAAAGCGACAACAACCAAGCCAACGACAAAGAAAACGACAACAACCAAGCCAACGACAAAGAAAAUGACAACAACCAAGCCAACGACAAAGAAAGCGACAACAACCAAGCCAACGACAAAGAAAAUGACAACAACCAAGCCAACGACAAAGAAAGCCACAACGCCGAUGAUAACGACAAAGAAAACGACAACAAAGAUUUAAAGAAGAAAAGAAAGAGAUCAAAACCAGGAAAAAGACCAACGACAAUAGGGACAACGCCCAUGUUAACGAUGAAAACACAGUCGAUAGUCAGUCUAGUCAUCUAUAUUGAUUUAGAGGAUACAUAGAAUAACGAAUGAUCUUUUUAAUAAGUGCAUAAGUGUAUCGAGACAAAG